UCUUCUCUCAUUCGUUACUCGCUCGGAGAGCAAAACAAAAUAAGAAGUACAUAUAUCUCGGGGUGAAUAGGAAAUUGUUCCUGCACCGAUUCGCGCCAAUUCCCAGUCAGGAAACAAAAGCAUAAUAAUAAUAAUAGGAGCAAGUUGGGGACAAACCCAAUAGUGGGAUCAUUGUGCAAACAGCGGCGUGCCUACGCCUCCACCAUUUUGUUUUCUCCCACACCUCGUGUGCGUUUUGUUUGUGUUCGUGUGCGUGUGUUUGCAGUGUUUGUGCAAAGUGCUCCUCAGAAUGCCUGUAAGAAGUGCGAAACCCAAGUUGAGAAAGACUUUUCGCAGUUUCGACUAAUGAACCAUGGAGCGGCCGUCCCCGGAAGAAGCUGCCUCCUUCAGCGAAGCUCGGAAACAGAUCUUGGAAAUAGCCCGGAAUCGACCUGGAACCCAGGUGGCCAAGUGCAUUCUCGCCUACGACGAGCAACUGGACCUCACCUCGCUAAUCCUUCUGCUCGAGGAACUCUCCAAGAACACCGACUACUCGACGGACCUGCGGAUAUCUUUGGGAUAUUACAUAGAGGAGCUACUGCGUCACUGCCUAGGAAGCAAUCAUGUCUCCCGGCGAUCGGCCAUCGUGGCCGCGGGAAGUGCCCUCCAAUACUGCGGCAAGAUCUACGGAGACCGCGUGGAGUACAUGUACCAGGUGGUGGAGCACCAGAUCGAAGCGCUGCUCAGUUCUGAGCCGCAGAAGGAGACGCCCAGCGGAAGCAGUGGACCGGAAAACAAUGCCCCCAAGCCGGAGGAGCCGCGCAAACGUCGAGCCAAGAAGCUGACCAAAAAGGAAGUAGAUCCCUAUUUGCUCACCGUAGAACCUCGAAAAUUCAAGACCAUGUCGGACGAGAAACGUUUCAACUUGACGGGCUUUGUGAAGUGCACGAGGAACCGGACGAUAGAGUACCUGUAUCAGGAUCACACGCCGCCCAAUCUGUGGAGACACGCCCCCAUUGUGGAUCCCCACAAUCCCUACGACCAGGACGAGAAGAAGCAGUACAAAAUGUUUACGUAUCAUGUGGAGCAUCGAUAUAACACCCUGCUGCCGGAUAUUCCCUUCGAGCGGUUGAAUCUGAUCAAGGAAUAUGUGCAUACGAACCAGGUAAACACGGCGGAGAUUCUCAACGAGCACAUGACCACCAAGGAUUACCUGGACGAGUACAUUGCGCUGGAAAAUCAAAUGCUGGCCGCUCGCUACGGAGCCACCGUGAGGACGAGAAGAAAAAUGGACGAAUUGGCGAAGAGAACGCUGGAGGACAUUACAGAAACGGAGCUGGCUAAAAAGGUGCGACUGGAUGUGACUCAGCCCAUGGAAACGGAGGAAGUGCCGCUUCCCGAAGCAAUGGACUUGGAUCAGCCGACGAUGGAGGAAAACGAUCAAUCACUGGCCACAGGCGAUGGUUUGCAAAACCAAAUAUCAGUGGAUUCGGGUCUGGGCGAAACGAUUAACGCAAGUCAGGAGAACAACACCAUCAAUUCCACGCUGGACGCCAGCCAGGUGGAGAAUUCCACCGCUUUAAGCGAAAGUCAAGUACAAGACUCCUCCUUAAGCGUCAGCCAAGCAGAGAAUCCACCGCUGAGCAGCACGUUGGCCAUCGACGAGUCCAGUGGCCUGGACAGCACGAGACUCGACUUACCGCCCGCCGCUAAAGAUGCCUCUCUCGAGGAGCUGUUGCAAAUCGAUUCCGGGAUCGGUAUGGAAGAGGUUUCCGAUUUCCACCUGCAUACAGGCCAGUCUUUUGACGAUGAGGGUGUUGUUCUUUCAGAUUUAGAAGAUCAGCGCCAGCCGACAGAGCUGAUGAUCGAAUCGCAAGUCGUGGAAGCGAAAACGGUGGAGGUUAUUGAGAUGGAUGUCGAUGUUGCGGUGAAUGUUCCAAGGGAGGUCUGCUAUCCCAUUGUGCUCAAUUUUUUGGGGCUCCCGCAAAAAGGAUUGCGUCGUAAAUGUUUCUUUAAACUUCCCGCAGAGUUUGACUUGUUUAAACAAGCGCGUCUUCCUGCUAGGCGAGAAGCUCCGCCAAAACCUCCAGCUGCUGCCAGAGUUCCGACUUUGCGGAUAGAAAAAGAAACUCCCCAACCAAAGGAAGUAAUUCCCGGCUCUCCCACAAGCUUAGAGUUUGACGAGGAUUUCAAUUUCCUGGGAUUCCGUCAACGCCGACCCACAUUUGACUCUGGUUUUGAUUUUGAGGAGAUGCGAGCCGGUUCAGUUACUAUUUCGACCAUCGGAGACGUUAAAGUUGAGCUGGAAGACCUUGGUGAAAACCAAGCGAACAAGGCAAUUAACGUUACUGCAGCCGAGGCUUUAGAAGAGACUGUGAACAUCAGAAUGGAAAGUGGAUUGGGAGAGUCGAUAGUGUCCGAACUAAACGAGACUAGUGAACCCACGACAGUGAACGCGAGUGCGGAUUCCUCGCAACUUGAAGUGACGGAAAAAUCAGAAACUAAUCCCGGAAUAGAGGGCGAAGUGGAACCGAUAAGAAGUUCUGAAUUGGACGCCACCACUGAGUCAAAUGCAGUGGAUGUUGGUGCCUUAGAUACCACUCAGCUGGACCAGUCAAUAUUGGAAGUCUCGUUACCAGGUGAAACAUCAGCAGCCCCAGAUGAUGGGAUCCAAGAUGAAGCAGUUGGGGACUGCAAUGAGUCAAUAAGAUCCGAAUCGCCAUUGGAUAGUAAUACCUUCAGUGGCCCCGAUUCCAGCUCUAUGAUUCGAGACUGGCAUAGACGAAUGGCCCCAGGUUUGGAGGCAGCUCAUGGACGGCAGAAUUUCAACAUUAAGGACCUGGGCACUGAGAUCUUGGACGUUUGUCAGGCGCUCGAUGGAACAGCCACUUUAGCUGACGUCAUGGCUGAGAAGGAUCCAAGUAUCGUGUGUCGCUACUUUCUGGCCUCACUAGUACUGACGAAUCACGGAAACGUGUCCUUGAGCCCUGGAGAUCGCGAUAAAAGUAAGCCCAUCGUCCCUUCUCAGCUUCAAAUGCAACUGAAGAGUAUGCGGCGAGUGGAAAUCCAUCCCGAGGAUGAUGUGGGCAACAUGAAUGCAACUAAGAGCAAACCGGCUACGGAUCCUAUUAAAAACCGUCCUACGGAUGACGAUAUGAAGGCCGGGCCGAGCAAGGCGCCGCCGAUAAAUAAAAAACGAAAGUCCACGGAAAUGGCAUCUCCCGAGGUGUUUGCAAAAACUGUUCGUUUGAUUCAGCCCAUCCCAAAGAUGAGGCAGUCUCCUUCCGAUGCCGACUCGGGGAUAUCUUCGAUGCGAUCGUCAUUGGCAUCGGCACCUCGGUUAAAUUAGUAGUGUGUGGCCUGUCCUAAAUGUGUAAACUAGUU